UUCUUUUUUUUAAAUUUCAGUUUCUUUUUUUGUUUUUCUUUUCCCGAUUGUUCAAUCGUGUGGGACUGGAAUACAAUUGAUGCCCAAUCUCUUUGGCCGUGUGUGGUUUUCAAAAUGGUGGCCGGAGCGUUUCCUGUAGUAAAAUUGAUGAGCUUACUGACUAAACAGAUCUCCAAACCAAUUGCAAAUGCUAUUAAAUCAGGUGCAAAACAAAAUGCAUUCUUUAGGAAGUAUUUCUGCGAGUUACCAGGUCAAGGGUUUCACAGGCUGGAAACAAAUGUCAAAAUGAAGCUCAUGGGUCACGUUGGUCCAAGCGAAGUCAAACCUCUUAAUGAACAAGUAGCAGUYAAUCUUGCUGCAGAAAUGCUUGGCGAGGGAUUUUUAUUUGCAGUUGGAGUGGGAACAUUACUUUUUGAAUAUCGUAGAAGUGCUAAAAAGGAAGAAGGAAAAGAAGCAGARCAAAAUAGAAAAUUAGAUGAACUAGAAAGCAAAAUYAGUGAGCUUGGAAUUGUYAUUGAGCACCAAGCUGCAGAAAUGAGAGAAUUGAACAGACUUCUGCAGAGUUUUAGAGGGAGUGAAAAUAAGAAUAUACCAAAGAAAUCUUAAUAGUGUAACAUAAUAUUAAUAUAUAACUGCAACAGCAAGACAACUCGUUUUAACACUGCAACCUCAGAACUCUCACAAUUAUAUCCAAACURCAUGAGAUUUCYGCAAGAGAGGUUAGRUUUUCUGGCUAUGACCARGARUGGAAUAUUGCCCUGUCUGGCCCAACUACRUGUA